AUGGCGCUCCAACUGCCUGAUCUGCCGAUGUUCAAAAUCUUCUCUUUCCUGGACGCAUUCAGCUUGCUCCAGGCUUCCCAAGUGAACAGGGGCACUACGAUCUGGUCAAGCCCUGUCCAGCAGUUUAGUAUCAUGCAUCUGGCGACCCUCCCUCACCUGCAUCUGGCAGUCACUGUGGAUUUGAAAGGAACUGUCAAAGUGUGGAACUGUCAGGAUCGGGACCCGCUGGCUGCCUUCCCCAUAUCUCUGGCCUGCUUGUCCUUGGAAGUCUGUCUCACAGAGGACGGCCCAUUCCUGAUGGUAGGCAAUGCUGAAGGUGACAUCUACACGCUGACAGUACCUGAGCUCAGGUGUGUUUCUAAAGUCCAUGCAUUUAAAUACAAGAUUGACCUCCUACACUGCUCUCCUGACAUGAAAUGGAUCUUUGCGUCUGGGAUGCAUCAGAAUAUCUUACCCAGGGUCUUUUUCACAGAGCGCUUGCUGAAACCGUUGGAAGGCGAAAGCCCCCAGUCACUCUCUAUCCCGUUUUCGUCGUGCUGCAGAGCCUGCUGGGCCCCAAGGAAGACAAGCAGGAUAACAGUGAUGUACCGAAGAGGCUCUUCCAGAAAGACAGGAUUUACCACCUUUGACCUAAUAACUGAGAGGACUGGGGACAGAACAGUCAUCCAAGCCCAGCAGAUCGCAACUUUCCUGUUGCCGCUUCACAUGGAGAGUCCGAUUUGGAUGGAAGCCGGUGAUGGAAAUCUGAUCAUCUUUGAGAGCGGACGGUACUUGUUCGUCUUCACCAUCAGCGGGCACCAGCUGCAACGAUUUGACGACCACCAGAGGACCAUCGGCAGUUUAUGGGCGGAUUCUCUGCAUGUCCUCACCACGUCCAUGGACGACUCUCUGCAUGUGUACAUGUGGGAAGAGGAGGGCCGUUACCCCUACCUCAAGAGCUGCUGUCACCUGGAAAGCAUAGGGAGUUGCCUGGCACCAAGCUGCUCUGUCUCCAAAGCAAUAUGUGAUAACAUAAGCAUAGUAUGUGUGGUAUCAAAGAUUCAGGAGUCCAGGAUUCAGGAGCCCAGCAUUCUGGUGAUGUAUUCUUUGCAUAUGUAAUAUGGAAACUAAUGGAAUUAACCUUGCAUCCUCUUCCUCAAUAUAGUAAAGAGAAUUCUGUUUGCAAA